AUGUAUAUUUCUAUUGAAAUAAUAAAGCAAUUAAUUCGAAGUCCUGAUCAACUUCCUCAUAAAUCUGACUUGACAAAUUUCCUUACCAAAAAUCCUCCAGUAAAAAUCUGCUUGCUCCCAAUCAUUAUUACUAAUUUAGUACAACAGUUAAUUUACCCUCCAUCAUAUGGAAAAACUGAAGAUUCGUAUUAUGAUUUAUGGGAUAGUAUUAUUAAAAAUACGAUAGAGAUUUUUGGAAUACAUAGCGCUAGUUUACCAACAUUGGAAUUUGAUCGCAAUACUAGCAAGUCGCAAUUGCCCAGACAUGGUUAUAUUAGUGAGAAAUAUUUGUCUUCUUCGAGAGAUGUACUAUACAUCUUUGCAUACUAUGCUAUUGGUGUUCAAGUCACAUUUGUUACUUUGUAUAAAUCUGAAAAUAAGAAGAGGAAACUAAACUGUAUACACGAAAGUAAGCCCAAACUGAUAAUGCACAGAGAUGUUCAAUGGCCAAACAUUAUUCAUUAUUAUGAGGAAUAUCAAAGAUUUAUUUUAAUCGACUUUGACUAUGCUGACUUUUCCCCUUCUGAUGAGCCUUUAGAAGAAUUUUCUGAAAGCGAUUAUGCUCCUGAAAUGCUAAAUAAAAAGCAUGUUUUUAAGGAUGAUAUAUGGGGCGUUAGAAAUUUAAUUAGUUCAUGUAAUGUCACAGGUAUUCCUUCAAAACUUUCAAGUUUCAGCACAGAUUUGUGCAAAAGUAAUCCAAAUAAAUGA